GGAGACCGCACCACCAUGGCCUCUGCUGCUUCCAGAGCAAAGGAAAAGGGAGAGGGGGGCCACCACCACCACCCCGUCCCAGAGCAUCGGAUGGACGAUGGAGGUGGAGGUGGAGCGUGGCCAGAGCGAGGACGGCUCGGAGAUACGGAGGUCAUCGGCCACCGAAACCACCUCAGGAAAGGGAAUUUCCACACAAAGCUCCACUUGGAGCACCUGGCAGAGAAGCUGAAGCUUUUGGGGCUGGACGGAGACAGAGGGGAGAAGGAGAAGCUCUGCUCGUGGCGCAAGAGGACGUUCCUCUCCAAUGGACCUCGGGGUGAUGGAGGUCCCACUGGAGCCCCCAUAAAGGAGUCUGUGCAGGAGGACGGGGAGCAGAUUUGCAGCCAUUUGGAGAACCUCAAGAAACAAAGGAAGGAGCUCUUAGAACUCAAAAGGAGCGGAGAGAGGCGAUGCCAAGACUUUCUGACACGGACGGAGGCUGAGAGGCAGAAAAUUGCGUCAGAGUUCCGUCAGCUCCGCCGUUUUCUGAAGGAGAAGGAGGUGAUGCUUCUGGCACGGCUGGGAGAGCUGGACAGGGCUGUGCUGAGGAGGCAGGAGGAGGAGGAGGCCAAGGUGCAGGGGGACAUUUCUCUUCUAAGCAUCCUCAUCUGUGAGAUGGAGGAGAAACUCAAGCGACCCACGCGUGGAUUCCUACAGGAUGCCAGAAGCACGCUGAACAGGUGGGAGAUGGGCAGAACUCAAAGGACGACAGAGAACUUUGCAGAUGUGGAACGGAGGCUCCGUGUCAUCUCCCAGCAAAAUAAAAUCCUCAAGGAGACGCUGGGGAGAUUCCAAGAUCUUUUACCAUCUGAGCUGGAGAAGGAGGAAGGAGCAUCCGCAGGAGAAGAGGGAGAGGCAUUUGUCACCCUGGAUCCCAACACUGCCACUGCGGGGCUCGUCCUGUCCCGGGACCGACGUGGGGUGAGAUGGAUGGACACAGGGCACAACGUGUCCCCUUGUCCCCAACGCUUCGAUGUCUCCUGCUGUGUGCUGGGCUGUCGGGGCUUCACCUCAGGGAGGCACUUUUGGGAUGUGGAGGUGAUGGGUGGUGGCACGUGGGCACUCGGGGUGGCACGCAGCUCCGUGCCCAGGAAGGGUUGGCUCGCUUUCCGUCCCGAUUAUGGGAUUUGGGCCGUGGGAUGCUGUAGGAACCGCUUCCGAGCUUUCACAUCUCCCCCAACCGCCCUCCCCAUGGGUGGGAAUCCCAACAGGAUUCGAGUGGUGUUGGAUUACGGAGGGGGACGGGUGGCUUUCUACCUCGCUGCCCAAAAACAUCCCGUAUUUGCUUUCCAAAAUGCUUCUUUUUGCGGGGAGAGCAUCUUCCCCUUCUUCUGGGUGGGCAGAGAAUCCCACCUCCACCUCUGCCCCUGA